AUGAAGGCGUUUCUUGUGACGUGUCGUGUAGGACCGGGUGAUGUGGGUGUUGAUGAAGACCUACGAAGAACGUUUGAUGGGAUAAAGACCGAUGAUACGAAGGUGCGCAACCUUCUGAACAACUAUCUUGAGCUCCUACAGCCUCCAGCCCCCAAUUUUGAAAAGAAGCAGCAAAUGCACAACAAAAAGAAGCCGUACGUGCCCGUCGAGUACGCAUCAGACCCAAUAUACGCAGCUCCAACCGACGAAGAGGAACGACUCGCAAACGAAGCUAAGCAGUCGCGUCCACAGCCCAGCCUAAAACCUGCAAACACACGCAGGCGUGCCAGGAAAGAAACGUAG